GCUGGCCAGGUCUGGGUGGCGCAGUGACUCAGGAUCUCCUCUCUCCCAUCCUCCCCCACACAGCAACGACCAUCCCCGCUCCGUGUAGCAGCUGAAUCCAGGCGGAGAGACACAGGAGAUACGCACCAAGUGAUGCUCCUGCGACUGCCGCAUCCUCCUCCAGCACAAGCACGCAACUAAUUAAAGGAGUAAACCACUAUCACAAACCACACUCUGCUCAUGAAGAUGACUAACGUUGACAUGGUCAUAAAUUCCACUGACAGGAUGGUCAAAUCUGUCCCCUUUCCCUUAAGCCAUCGUCUCACAAUGAAGGAGGUGUUUGACUGUGAGGGCAAGCCACGGGUCGAUCUCUUGAAGGCUCAUCUCACGAAGGAGGGUCGGGUGGAGGAAACUGCAGCCUUGAGAAUAAUUAAUGAAGGAGCCGCCAUCCUCCGCCUAGAAAAGACCAUGCUCGACAUCGAGGCUCCCGUCACAGUGUGCGGUGACAUACACGGGCAGUUUUUUGACCUGAUGAAGCUGUUUGAAGUGGGCGGCUCCCCGGCCACCACACGCUACCUCUUCCUGGGAGACUACGUGGACAGGGGCUACUUUAGUAUUGAGUGUGUUUUGUACCUGUGGUCCUUGAAAAUCCUCUAUCCAAAGACGUUAUUUUUACUCCGAGGAAACCAUGAAUGUAGACAUUUGACAGAAUAUUUCACUUUCAAACAAGAAUGUAGAAUCAAGUAUUCGGAGCAGGUGUAUGACUCCUGCAUGGAUGCAUUUGACUGCCUUCCUCUGGCUGCCCUGAUGAACCAGCAGUUCCUGUGUGUUCACGGAGGCCUGUCACCUGAAGUACACACGUUAGAUGAUAUUAAAAAGUUAGACAGGUUUAAAGAGCCCCCUGCAUUUGGGCCAAUGUGUGACCUGCUGUGGUCAGAUCCUUUGGAAGAUUUUGGAAAUGAAAAGACCCAGGAAUUCUUCAGCCACAACACUGUCAGAGGCUGCUCGUAUUUCUAUAGUUACCCUGCGGUAUGUGACUUUCUACAGAACAAUAAUUUAUUAUCAGUUAUCCGAGCUCAUGAGGCACAAGACGCUGGCUACCGGAUGUACAGGAAGAGCCAGACCACAGGCUUCCCUUCGCUCAUCACCAUUUUCUCAGCACCAAACUACCUUGAUGUUUAUAAUAAUAAAGCUGCAGUAUUGAAGUAUGAAAACAAUGUCAUGAAUAUUCGACAGUUCAACUGCUCCCCUCAUCCCUACUGGCUUCCAAACUUCAUGGAUGUCUUUACUUGGUCCUUGCCAUUUGUUGGGGAAAAAAUUACAGAGAUGCUGGUGAAUGUGUUAAAUAUCUGCUCCGAUGAUGAGCUCAUGAACGACGGUGAUGAAAUCUUUGAUGCCAAUGCUGCUGCUGCUCGAAAGGAAGUGAUCAGGAACAAGAUACGAGCCAUUGGCAAGAUGGCCAAAAUGUUUUCAGUCUUGAGAGAGGAGAGCGAGAAUGUUUUGACACUAAAAGGUCUGACUCCGACUGGAAUGCUUCCUAGUGGGGUACUUUCUGGAGGCAAGCAAACCCUAGAGAAUGCUACAAUUGAAGCUAUUGAGGCCAUUGAGCCACCCGAGGAUGGUGAAGCAGUCAGAGGAUUCUCCCCCCAGCACAAGAUCAACAGUUUCGCGGAAGCAAAGGGCUUGGACCGUGUCAACGAGAGGAUGCCUCCCAGGAAGGACGCAGUAAACAAUGUGGGCCAUUCGAUGGGAAAGAUGAACAUGUCGGAGUCCAACGGGACAGAUGACAACAGUAAUGUACAGUGAGACCACUUCACAUCCCCACCAACUCUACCAACACAUUGAAGCCUCUUAUCUCCAAAGCAAUAUUCUGCUUCAACUGAAAUUAGACUUCUCAAGAGCCAAUUUUAGAGAGCUGAAGGUCUAUUGCUUUGAAGACAGAAUAUGCGCUAACUACUUAGAGGUGACGUUUACCGCUUUUAGGAAAAAAAAGGGAACAAAUUCCAGCAAAAAAUGCAUUCAGGCAGCAGUCCGCAAUGCAGCAGCAUUCUCUUCAAUCCCUAAGAAAUACGGGAAUGAUUUUGUCCUUUUAUGUACUUCAGUAAAGGCUUCAUAAGGAUGCAUUUGUGGGUGCAUUAACCGUAUUUUGGCACCUUAUAUUUUAAAUGUUAAGCAAAGUUUGAGUUCAUAAAACAUCUUCUACAAAUUAUCUUGCUGUUUAAAAAUGUUUUGCUACUAGUGUUACUAAAAAAAAAAAAAAUGUUUAAGUCUUAUAUAAAAAAAAAUGUGUACAAUUUUGAUUUACAAUGAAUCUUACCUGAAAAUGAUGUUUUGUAAAACAAUUUCUCUGCCCCCAAUUUGUCUACUCUGCUGGAAGGCUGAUAAUCCUUUUAAUAAGCCACUGUCAAUAAUGUUGCUAAGAAUCAGCAAAUAAUUCAAUUUAUCUUCUGUUGCUCCCUGCACAAUAUAGACUACUUGUUCAUUUAUCACUUGCCUAUAAUUAAAAAUGCAUACAGUAUGUUUUGCAGACCGAUUGACCAUACCGUUAAAAUAACAAUAAUAAUAAUAAUAAUAAUAAUAAUAAUAAUAAUAAUAAUAAUUUGUACAGAAUCUAUAGAACGCAUCUAUAGAACGCAUCUAUGCAUGCGGUUACAUUUCUUAUUGAUAUGUGCAAUUAUCUUUGUGCUGUGUUUCAAUAUGGUAAUUCUGAAUUUUUUCCUGCUUUAUAUUUAUCUUCUCUUUGUAAAAUUCUGU